CUCGUUCCGUACAGCAACUCAGCAAUCGCCAGCGUGAAGAAGAAACCCUAAUCGGUCGCUCACUCAGUCACUUGCUCUCAUCUACUGAUCGUCUUCCAACAACGGGAACCAUGGGCAGUGUGGAUGAAGGGAAACUUAGGUUCUGUAUAGACAGAGGAGGCACGUUCACUGAUGUCUAUGCUGAAAUUCCUGGUCAAUCUGACGGCAAAGUAAUGAAGUUGUUGUCCGUUGAUCCAUCCAACUAUGAAGAUGCUCCUGUUGAAGGAAUCAGGAGGAUUUUGGAAGAAUUUACUGGGAAUCGGAUUCCUAGGACUUCAAAAGUCCCUACUGAUAAGAUUGAGUGGAUUAGAAUGGGAACUACUGUUGCAACAAAUGCACUUUUAGAGAGAAAAGGGGAGAGAAUUGCAUUGUGUGUGACCCGAGGAUUUAGGGAUUUACUGCAGAUUGGGAACCAGGCUCGCCCAAAUAUUUUUGACCUUACUGUGUUAAAGCCUUCUAAUCUUUAUGAGGAGGUUAUAGAAGUUGAUGAGAGAAUUGAGCUUGUUCUUAAGCAGGAUUCAGAGAUACAUGAACCGGAAUCUGCUGGGUCAAAUGUAGUUAUGGGAAUUUCAGGUGAGCAGGUCAGGAUUGUGAAGGCUGUUGAUGAAGCAACUUUAAGACCUUUACUUAAAGGUCUCUUGGAUAAAGGAAUCAAGUGUUUAGCAGUUGUGUUGAUGCAUUCUUAUACAUAUCCACAUCAUGAGCUUGCUGUAAACAAGUUGGCUAUAAGCAUGGGGUUCAAGCAUGUUUCAUUAUCUUCUUCUCUGACUCCUAUGGUUCGAGCUGUUCCUAGAGGUCUCACAGCUAGCGUGGAUGCAUACUUGACUCCGGUUAUCAAAGAGUACUUGUCAGGAUUCAUUUCUAAAUUUGAUGAUCUAGGAAGGGUGAAUGUUCUUUUUAUGCAAUCAGAUGGAGGUCUUGCUCCGGAAAGUAGAUUCUCAGGCCACAAAGCAGUGUUGUCAGGUCCUGCAGGCGGUGUUGUCGGUUACUCUCAGACACUUUUUGGGCUGGAGACCAACAAACCCCUCAUUGGUUUUGACAUGGGUGGCACAUCUACUGAUGUGAGCCGAUAUGCUGGAAGCUACGAACAAGUUCUUGAAACACAGAUAGCUGGAGCUAUAAUCCAAGCACCUCAGCUUGACAUCAACACUGUAGCUGCUGGUGGAGGUUCAAAGCUGAAGUUUCAGUUUGGAGCAUUCCGAGUUGGGCCAGAAUCUGUAGGUGCACAUCCAGGUCCAGUAUGCUAUCGAAAAGGAGGGGAGUUGGCUGUCACGGAUGCGAAUCUUAUUUUGGGCUACGUGAUUCCUGACUAUUUUCCCUCGAUAUUUGGUCCGAAUGAAGAUCAACCUUUGGAUAUCAACAAAACUAGAGAAGAAUUUGGGAAACUUGCAAAGCAAAUUAAUUCUUAUAGAAACAGCCAUGAUCCAUUAGCAAAGGAAAUGUCAGUGGAGGAGAUUGCACAGGGGUUUGUGAAUGUUGCUAAUGAGACAAUGUGUCGUCCUAUUCGACAACUGACUGAGAUGAAAGGUCAUGAGACCAAGAAUCAUGCUCUUGCCUGCUUUGGAGGUGCAGGACCACAACAUGCUUGUGCCAUUGCACGGUCACUGGGUAUGAAUGAGGUAUUAGUGCACAGAUUUUGUGGGAUCCUAAGUGCAUAUGGGAUGGGAUUGGCAGAUGUUAUUGAAGAAGCACAAGAGCCUUAUUCUGUAGCUUAUGGUCCUGAAUCUGUGGUAGAAGCUUCACGCAGAGAAUCUCUGUUACUGAAGCAGGUAAAGCAAAAACUUAUAGACCAAGGGUUUGGAGAAAGUAGUAUUACAACUGAAUCAUACUUAAAUUUGAGGUAUGAAGGGACUGAUACUGCUAUAAUGGUGAAGGGGAAGAGAAAUGAAGAUGGAUCAGGAAGUGAUUAUGCUAUUGAAUUUGUUAAGUUGUUUGAGCAGGAAUAUGGAUUCAAGCUUGAAAACAGAAAUAUCCUGAUAUGUGAUGUAAGGGUUCGUGGUAUUGGAGUGACGAAUAUUUUAAAGCCAAGAGCCACAAAAAGUUCGUCUGGUACCCCUAAAGCUCAAGGGGAAUAUGAGGUCUACUUUGGAAAUGGAUGGCAUAAAACACCUCUCUUCAAACUUGAGGACUUGGAAUAUGGUCAUCUCAUAUCUGGUCCUGCAGUUAUUAUGAAUGGUAACAGCACAGUCAUAGUUGAACCCAACUGUAAAGCUAUAAUUACCAAAUAUGGAAACAUAAAAAUUGAACUUGAGUCGAGUUUAGUCAGUGUGAAAGUGUCGGAAAAGGUUGCAGAUGUUGUGCAGCUAUCUAUAUUCAAUCACAGGUUCAUGGGUAUAGCUGAACAGAUGGGUCGGACAUUGCAGAGAACUUCCAUAUCCACAAAUAUCAAAGAAAGGCUAGACUUUUCUUGUGCUUUAUUUGACCCUGACGGAGGCUUAGUGGCUAAUGCCCCUCAUGUUCCCGUUCACUUGGGAGCUAUGUCUAGCACGGUGCAGUGGCAACUCAAAUAUUGGGGACAAAAUCUGAAUGAAGGAGAUGUACUGGUCACGAAUCAUCCUUGUUCUGGUGGUAGCCAUUUGCCUGAUAUCACUGUUAUUACGCCUGUUUUUGAUAACGGGAAAUUGGUUUUUUUUGUUGCUAGUAGAGGGCAUCAUGCAGAGAUAGGAGGAAUCACUCCAGGAAGUAUGCCACCAUUCUCAAAGUCCAUAUGGGAGGAAGGAGCUGCUAUAAAAGCAUUCAAACUAGUCGAAAGAGGAAUCUUUCAAGAAGAGGGAAUCACUAAGCUUCUUCGAUUCCCAAGUUCUGAUGAGUCAUCUCAUAAGAUACCCGGAACACGUAGACUUCAAGACAAUCUAUCAGAUCUUCAUGCCCAAGUAGCUGCAAAUCAGAGAGGAAUUGUUCUUAUUAAGGAGCUUAUUGAGCACUAUGGCUUGGAGAUGGUUCAGGCUUACAUGACGUAUGUUCAGCAAAAUGCAGAAGAAGCAGUGAGAGAAAUGCUAAAGUCUAUCCCUGCCAAAGUUUCUUCAGAGUCUGUUGAUUCUCUUACCAUUGAAGAAGAAGAUUACAUGGAUGAUGGUUCAUUAAUACAUUUGAAGCUUACUAUAGAUUCUAAGAAAGGAGAAGCAUUUUUUGAUUUCUCUGGGACGAGUCCUGAAGUUUAUGGGAACUGGAAUUCUCCAGAAGCUGUGACAAAAGCUGCGGUUAUUUACUGUCUUCGCUGUUUGGUUGAUGUUGAUAUUCCUCUCAAUCAAGGCUGCUUGGCCCCUGUUAAAAUCUAUAUACCCCCUGGAUCGUUCCUCUCUCCUAGUGAUAAAGCUGCUGUUGUGGGAGGUAAUGUUCUCACCUCACAGAGGAUAACAGAUGUUGUACUUAUGGCAUUUCAAGCUUGUGCUUGUUCUCAGGGUUGCAUGAACAAUCUUACUUUUGGUGAUGACACUUUUGGUUACUACGAGACAAUUGCUGGAGGAAGUGGGGCCGGUCCUACAUGGGAUGGAACAAGUGGGGUCCAAUGCCACAUGACUAAUACUCGCAUGACCGAUCCAGAGAUUUUUGAACAGAGGUAUCCUGUUCUUUUGCAUAGGUUUGGGUUAAGAGAGAAGAGUGGAGGUGGUGGAAUCCAUAGAGGUGGUGAUGGGCUGAUUAGGGAGAUAGAGUUCAGGCGGCCGAUGGUUGUGAGCAUUCUUUCAGAGAGACGUGUCCAUGCACCCAAGGGGCUCAAGGGAGGAAAAGAUGGGGCCCGUGGGGUUAAUUAUCUUCUAAGGAAAGAUAAACGCCGGGUUUAUCUUGGAGGUAAAAACACUAUCAAGAUGGAAGCAGGAGAAAUUCUUCAGAUUCUUACUCCUGGUGGAGGUGGAUGGGGUUGCAUUUGAUUCUCAUUUUUAGGUAUGGAUAAUGCUUAUUCAUAUUCAUAUACAUACCAAUAUGAAUAAUGAAUUGAAUAGUGCUUUCUCGUAUGCUUUUCAUUAGACUAGUUUAUAUGGGUAGAAGAUUACAAGAGAAGAUAAAGGAAACUAAAUCAAGCAAAAUAAGGAAAGAUGAGAGCUAAAUCUCUCAAUUUAAGGGAUUCCAACUAGUUCUAUUAUAAAUUAGUCUAAAGAUCUACACUUGUGCACAUAGAAAUGUAUACCUCUUUUUUUGCUCAUUAUUUGUUGACAAUAUCUGAUUGUUGUAACCUUUCAUUCUUGUUUACUCAUGUUUUCGAUUUAUGUGCUUGUAGAAGUAUACUUGUUCCAAUUAUAAGGCUUAAAGUCAAGCAUUUAAGUAGUC